GCCUGACUGGGAGCCGGGGCUCUCAGUGGAUGGGGAGGCGAGUAGGGCCGGCGACAUGACUGAAGACUUGGAUGACAAAGAUGGCUACUACUAUCCCAGUGCAAAUUCCUUGUACAAGCCAGUGAAUGCCUCUAGCCAAGAAGAGAGGGCACUCUUUGAAGAGCCAGUGGGAGAUAGAUACGAUUUUCACAAGCCUGAAGAUCACUGGAAUGGCACCUAUAUUAUUUUCUUCUUUCUGGGCACCAGCUCCCUUUUGCCUUUAAGCUUCAUAAUGACUGCAAAGCAUUACUGGAUGUACAAACUUCAGAACUGCUCAGAACAAAUCUCGCCAGCAGAGCAGGGGAUCUCAGAUGUCCGCGACUUCUUUGAAAGCUACAUUUCCGUGGCUUCCACCGUGCCUUCUGUGCUGUGCUUGAUUGGGAACUUCCUGCUAGUUAACAAGGUCUCUGUCAAUGUGCGCAUUCUCUCCUCCUUGGCCAUCAUGUUGGCUGUCCUCACGGUGAUCACAGUGCUGGUGAAAGUGGACACCUCUGCUUGGACUCCCUGGUUUUUUAUCAUCACCAUAAGUUGUGUGGCUGUCAUCAGCGGUGCCGCCACAAUCUUCAGCAGCAGCGUUUUUGGACUGUCCGGAUGUUUCCCCAUGCGAAAUUCCCAGGCGUUGAUUUCAGGUCAGGCCAUGGGAGGAACAGUGAGUGCCGUGGCAUCGGUGGUGGAUCUGGCGGCGGCAUCUGAAGUUACAGACAGUGCUCUGGCCUACUUCCUGAUGGCAGACGUCUUCAUUAUUCUGUGCAUUGGGAUGUACUUGAUCCUCCCCAAGCUGGCGUAUGCCAGGUACUACAUUAGAAGGCAAAAGUGCAUCACAGUGCCAGCAGGUACCUCAGCUAGCGAUGGCUCAGAGGAAGAGGAUAUGGCAACCGGCAUUACCAGCCAAUCUCCACCAAACAGAAUCCCUCCCGUAGGGUCCAUCCUGAAGAAGACCAGUAUGUUAGGCUUCUGUGUCUUCUACGUCUACUUCAUCUCUAUCAUCAUUUUCCCAGCAGUCUCUUCCAGCAUAGAGUCCGUCAACAAGAUUUCAGGGAGCGUGUGGACAGAGAAGUACUUUACGCCCCUCACUAGUUUCCUCCUGUACAAUUUUGCUGACUGGUGUGGACGGCAAAUCACCGUCUGGAUCCAGGUCCCUGGACCAAAGAGCAAGUUGCUGCCUGCUAUGGUGGCUCUGAGGACUUUUUUCAUACCAGUCUUCAUGCUUUGCAACUAUCAGCCUCGAACACACAUCACAAGGGUAGUCUUUGCCCAGGAUAUCUACCCAGUGGUCUUCACAGUAUUCCUGGGAUUCAGCAAUGGCUACCUGAGUACACUAUCAAUUAUAUAUGGCCCCAAAGUCACACCUAAAGAACUGUCAGAGGCAGCAGGGGUAUUGAUGAUGAUGUUCAUGCAGGUGGGGUUGGCUUUGGGAUCGGCCUUCUCAGUUCUUGUCGUCCAUCUCAUAUAGAAGAAAGAGAUGGGAGUAUUCCAGUCCAUUCCCUGAACUUCAUUGACACCAGGAAAUUUUCAAAAUGGCAGGGCAAAAAUGUGCUAAAAGCCAAAAUAUAGAGGCCAAAUUCACAAACUUGUGAUGCAUUAUUUGAGACCAGUGGGUUUCCAUAUUUGGUAAUGUAUCCAGUGGUAAUGUGGUGCUACAUGCAGAUAUCUUCCCUCACAGGGUUUAGGGUAAAGGGGAAAAUGUAUGUUUUCAUAGGACACUAAAAAUCCUGGAUUCUAAUGUUUUAUUACAAUUAUUCUUUCCAUUGUUAAAAAUAAUAGCAAUUGUUUGAGAACAGAGGUAGGUAAUAUGGUCCCCGCAGGUGCUAGUGAACUCACCAGAUGCUGCCAUCUUCAUUUCUCAUGAGUGCCUCUGGGCCACAUGUGGGUCUCAGAACAUUCUUUGGAAAUGAAGAUGGCGGGUAGCUGCAGGCCAGUGCUUGCCUGUGUGGUGCCCCACCGGCCAGGAAGAAAAGGAAGGGGAGAAACCAAAAGGGACUCCUAUUUUGGAGGGAUCCUGAAAAAGUGUGAGCCUGGGUUUUCAUGUGCUUGCAGCGAGGAGAAGGGAAAGGUGUGUGUGCACGUGUGCAUGCAUGAUUGAUACGCGGUGUGCAUUGUGUGUGUGUGUGUGCUGACAGGGAAUGUGGGGAGAAAGAGUUUGCCUUCUGUGAAAUAGGUUUCUGUUGGCGAUUAAAACUGGACCCAAAGGAGUCGUUUAGCGUGUUGAGGUUCAGACCCCACAUCUGCAUUCAACUUAGUCAAUUGGUCCAUCGGUUACUUGUCCAUUGUGACUAGCCAUGCAUGCCAUGUUCUGUUUGUGCAUAGGACGGCUUCUUAAAUUGCCCUUUGUGCCCACAAUUCCAAAAAAGGUUGCCUACUCCUAUUUUAGAAGAACUCUCCGAAGGUACAGUUAACUUACUGUGUAUUUCUUGAUCAGCAUUUUAUGUAACCCCUGAUUAAAAUGUGUAACACAAAUACAUAUCAAUAGGGAAGAAUUCUCAGCAGCUAUUUUUAAAAAGCGGGAUCAUGAAACAAGGCUGGGUAAAAAGAGUGUAUUUCAAUGUGUAUUUCUAGCAAGUGCCCAUGGUGAAAUACAAGGCCGUGUGCCAAGGAAAAUGCAAGGACAAUUUUCCUCCUGGUAUCAGAGCUUUAAGAAGCACAGGGAGAACAGAAGGAAUAUGUCAUGUCUGACUGUAUUUGUACAGGUAUUUGUGGCCCUGGUUAGUCAUUCCCUGGUGCCCUAAAGCCAUUUUGCACUGACCCACAACACCAGCUUUUCACAGUGCAAUCAAAACAACCAGGAACAAAUUCAAAUCACUACUUAAAGAAAGAGAAGCCACCGUUUUUAUGAAGCAAAAUCAAGAUCUGGCCAAACAAAAAACAAAAAAACUUCACGGUACAUAUAGAGGGAAUUAAUUCAGAUUUAAUGCCAUUGUUGGUUAAGUUUGGGAGGGGUUGAUAUUAUAUCCUGGGGGGGCGCAAAGUGAGAACAGCAUUAAAGAUGGAAUAUUUCCUUUGAAAAGUCAACGCACAGGCAGGGAAUUUGCAGGGGAGAACUGGCAGGCAGAAAACUAUGACAUGCAUGGGUUCGCAUGUGCUCAGGUGGUUAAUAAGCCAUGGUGGGUUAUUAACCACCCCGUAUGUGCUGCCUGAUUUCUCUAAUUACCCUAGCUGGGCGUGGCUUGGUGUGACAUCUAAACCUGGCAAAGGUAGGCUAGGGUGGU